AUGACUUCUUCCAUGUCCUUCCGUGGACUCUCUUCUUCCUCCUCUUCUACUGUUAGCUCUAUGUGGUUUUACGAUGUAUUCUUGAGUUUUAGAGGAGAAGAUACUCGCAAUACUUUUAUUGCCCAUCUCCACCAUACUUUGCUUCAAAAUGACAUCCACACCUACAUAGACAAGGACAAGCUUAGAAGAGGUGAUGAAAUCUCACCUACACUUUUCCAAGCCAUUGAAAAUUCCCGACUUUCAAUUAUCGUGCUCUCAGAAAACUAUGCAUCAUCUACUUGGUGCUUGGAUGAAUUGCUCAACAUUCUCAAUUGCAAGGAAACAAAGCAACAAAUAGUUUUACCUAUAUUUUACCAUGUAAAUCCAUCGGAAGUACGAAAUCAAAGAGGUAGUUUUGGAGAAGCUUUGGUUGUAUGUGUAGGAAAAUUCAACGAAGACAUGAAGAAGGUGCAUAGGUAG